GGCAGGGCUGCGGGGGUGUGGAUGGUGUCACUGAGAGGCUGAAUGAGCAGCAGAAGGAAGAGGACAGUGUGUUCUGGUGUGUCAGCGUGGAACUGAACAUUUUGCUAUGUUAGUGUGGAGAUGCAAGGAAAUGAGAAGAUGUGGUAAAGAUGCACUGGUCAUCUGAGUGGGCAGAGCAACACUAUGACAUCACUUCCACCACGUCACCUCCUGCCCACCCUAAGCCUGUUUCAUACCCGCAGCCCAGUCAUCCUGCUUUCUCCGGGUAUUCCGACGACAUCAGCGCCCUCAGCGCCUCCACCCUGCUGAAGCGCUAUGCCGAGAGGUAUUCCUUCAGUCCGGUCUACCCGGAGCCCGGCGCUUUCCGAAGAAGUGAGCCCGGCCAGGAUGCCUGGUCUAUGGGCUAUAACCCAGACGGGAUAGAUGGAAUAAAAGGCUCUUUAGCAAGUGCAAGUAACCUUUCAGAGCAAUUCAGUAAUGGGGCCAUAUCUCAGGAUUAUACCUCCACAUACAGCGGGUCGCACUUGUACCCUCGACCCACUUACUUGCACCAGCCGGCUUUUGCCUUACCUCCAACCUACCCGCCUCCUGCCCCAGUCUACACCUAUCCCCCAGGUCUAACCACACCUGGUUCUCCUUCCCUUCUACCACCUCUGAGCAGUGGCCUCCAACCCACCCACAGCGCUCAGGCUCUGAAACGACCCGAGGAGUUCCACGAACAUAACAAGACUUUUGGAUUCGAUCAAAAUAAAAGCACCAGAGUGUCACCUUAUACAGCGAGGGAUAACAGUGAGCAUCCCAUCAGCAGCGGCAUCCCGAACAGCAGUGCAGAUCUUCAGCCCUUCAGACCAGACAUGAAGGUAGACCUGGUGAGGAAGAGCAGUUAUUUACAGCCCUCAGAGACAGCGUCUUAUAGCGGUGCUGAGCAAUACACUUACCCCUGAGUUAUGCAGCGUAGUCGAGCCUUCGUACAGCUUUGGUUUUAUGUGCAUAUCUUCGCUCUCCAUUUGAAACAGAAUGAGAGAGCGGUGACGAGAGAAUGUUAGUUAUUAAAUUAGAUUUUAGUUUAAUAUUGGGAAUUUUAAGGAAUUCACGCUACACAUCACAUCACAUUUUAUGAUUCCCAGAUUACGACUACGAAUCAGUGUAUAAUCUUUUUCCACAGCAGGAAUCUUUUUUUUUUUUUUUUUUUUAAGGAAUUUUAGGCUUGUUUCCACCACAGUAACAUUUUUAGGAUUUAUUAUUAAUGGAAUCUGGGCCAGUUUUAGUUUCUAGAUAGGUCUGCCAUAAUAUCAAUAUAUUUUCUCAAAAAUAUAUUGAUGUUUGCAAACUGGCCCACGCCCUGGACAGCUUCCCUGGUCGUCCCACUGUAAGUUCCUGCUUGGCAAACUGCACGUUGCUUUUAGGUCCUACACAAGCCAGAAUCUACAGGCACAUUUCUGUCUCAGUAACCUUUAAAUAACCCAGGAACCUUUUCAGGAACUGAGGAAAUUUUAAACCCAUUUUCUACCAUCACAACAUAGAAAGGUUUAAAGGAACUCAUUUACUUUAGGAGCAUUUCCACCACAGGAACUUUUUUUUUUAGAAAUAUACGUAUUAUUUAGGAAUAUUUGGUGCAUUAUCACCAGAGGAACCAGGGCCAAUUUUAGUUUCUGGGCUUUAGUUCAAGGCAAGCCAGGCAUAAUAUUUUUUAUUCAGCAUAUUUUGGUAAGAGAGGCCACCUUGGCCCAUGCCUGAGACAAGAGUCCUCUGUGUGAGGGUGGGUUGGUGUGAGGAGCCAUUUUAGUUCCUGAGUCUUCCAUAGGAACAAUUAGGAAUGGGGCUUGGCAUACUGAACAUUACUGAUUGUUGAUCAACCUUCUUGUAUUUAGCUAGUAACUGUUUUAUAACAGAGGUAGCACAUCACACGUGGUGAUAAAGACUCGAAGGCUAGUGAUAUUAACGUCAUGUCGACGCAACAAGACAGAACCAUUCAAGAACAAAUUCAGUCUCAGCUCCCUCCAUGUUUGCUGUGUUUUUGCUGUAUGACACUCAGUCUUGUUAUUCUCCCAUAUCAAGAACUCAUCCAGGAGAUUUCUGAACUCCGAAGCUCUUCAGAAGGUUCCUAAACCUUGGUGGAAACACAGCCUACAUCCUUAGAGCUCUACAUUUCCUUUUCCUCAGACUGACUAUUGUUCUCUAACCCCCGCUCUGUAAGUAAUCAAUCAGUGUAGUGAAGCAUAAACCACAGCAAGCACUAAUCCCCCGAGCCAAUCAAUAAAUUCCAGUCGCAUGGAGGGUGAAAAUAGAGAGUUAAGGAGGAGAAAAAGCUGAUUAGAAUCUGAUUUUAAAGAUUAAGUAAAUAGUCAGGUAUUUAUACUCAGGAAAAUACUCAGGAAUUUAGAUGAUAAAAGUUUACAAGGUUUUCUUUUUUACGAAUGUGAUGUUUUAAUGGACACUACUUAUGUAUUCUAGACAUAAACUCGCACAAAGAAUUACGAGAAAUAUGCAAUUAGUGAAACUUCAGAAAGAGAGGUUACUCUACAAAUCAUGAAUGUCUCGACAUUAUCUCAGGAAUGACGGAAAAGCUCGAGGAAUGCAAAAGUCUUUUUUUUUACUUUUCUGUUUCAUUAAUGGUAAAAAAAAAAAUUGUUCAUGCUCAGCUGAGAAUCAUUAACACUCAGCCAUUAUGCAGCUGAGUAACAAAGAUUUUGCCAGUCUAUGAGGUAACAUAUCUGUCCUUCGAAUAUGUUUACAAUGAACACUUUACCAUGAAUUUAUUGGUAAUUUUUGGUAUUGAAUCAGAAACAGACGCCAUUACUUAUAGAUCAUUAUUGAAUAGUUAAUUGAAUUUGUUAAUCAUGUCACAAGGUGUGUUUUUUUAUUACAUAAAAUGGCAGAAAGAUACUAAACUUUCUCCUCUUUCUGCUCUUCCAUUUUCUGCUCCACAGGAACACAAUGCCUUUAUGACAUUUGAAGACCAUUAACUUUUUUUCUUUAUAUCUAUUUUGAUCAAAAAUGAGAUUUACGAACGGGUCAUAAAUACUGGAAGUGUGUUAAAUCUUAAGUUUGUGUGGUUGUAGUUUAACACUUGUUAAAAAAAAAACACUACCUCAUGUGCUUGUAUGUUGAUUUUUUUCUUGAAUAUAAAGUGUGAUUGCAAGUGGAUUUUUGUGUGUUUUUAAUUUUGAAAGCAUCUACUUCAGGAAGCAUUCAUCCAAAAUAAAAUCUUUACUGAAAACAA